AUGCAGGAGAGUGCAAAUAGUGAGAUGCUGGAGGUGUUACAGUUUGGCAGAGAUGCUGCGGUGGCUGAGACCUGGCUGUCCGGGCAGGAGCCGUACGUGCGAGCGGCUGACAUCGGGAGCAGUGUGGACGAUGUGGAGAAUCUGAUCAAGAGGCACGAAGCCUUCGAGAAAUCAGCCGUUGGCUGGGAGGAGCGAUUCCUGGCCCUGGAGAAACUGACCACACUGGAGCAGAAUGAGAUCCGCCGAGCCCAGGAGGAGGAGGAACGCAGGAAGAAGCCCUCUCCCCCACCCUCGCCCACCAAGCCCCACGAUGGAGAGGAGCACGGCAACGGGUUGCCAGGGGAGACCAAAGAAAUCAUUCAUCACCUUGAACCAAUUGCACAGAACGGGAUGCACUCAGACAUGGAAUCUCCACAGCUCACAGAUGACUUCAGGCAAAUGAACGACGAUGGGCUGUUGACUGUGGUUGGGACGGAAAAGUCAGUAACUCUGUCAGAAGCCUCGGAACCUGUUAACGGAACGGGCGAUGCCAGGCAGGAUGGCAGCCCCCGGGGGUCAGGGAAGAAGCCCCACCCUGCCACCCCGCUGGCCCCGGCCUCUGUCACAGUGACCAGCAAAGCCCCCGAGCCCAGCGGCCUCCAGCUCGAGGGGGGUCUGUGUCGCAAACAGGAGUGGGAGUCACACAACAAGAAGGCUUCAAGCAGGUGGGCCCCGGGUGGGGGGGGGGUUGGGAGGCAGUGA